GAUUGAGAAUAACCAGAGAAGAAUUAUCACGCUCUUGAAAAUCUUUCAUUGAGCGGCUCAAGCAGAGGUGUUAUUAACAUCGGCCCUUUUAAUUGUGAUGGGUGCCCUGGUCGAAAGAGCAGAUCAGACAAACCAAAAAAAUCGAUCUCUAGUUUACCGAUGGCAACAUGUCAUCUAGACGCACAUAAACUCUCGUCAGUCAGAUUCCACGUCUACCCCCUAUCUCGCGUACAAAGUAUUAAAUAGCUUGUAAAGCCUAAAAUCUACUCAAGCUAGACGCGUAGUUCUUCCAGCAGCGAUAGGAGGUGACAACUGUGAAGGCGGUUUAAGAAAACGAUGUGGUAUCCAACUUUUGGUUCUUGGGGAGCUAUGAAUGGGACUUCAGUGGGUCUGCAGAACUACGAUGAUGAUGAGGAUUCCCACGUCAAAAGGCCCAUGAAUUCCUUCAUGAUUUGGGCCAAAGUCAUGAGGCGUAAGUUUGCGGAGGAAAACCCUAAGCUACACAACGCUGAAAUCUCGAAGCUCCUUGGUAAAUCUUGGAACGAGCUGACUACUAAGGAGAAAAGACCCUUUGUCGAAAAAGCCGAACGCUUAAGGAUUCGCCACAUGAAAGAACAUCCGAAUUACAGGUACACUCCAAAGAGAAAGGGAAGACAAGAGAGACGAAAUGGGCAAAGGACAUUAUCAAGCUUUAUUGCCCCAACAUUUAUGAACGGUGUUUCCAAUAUCAUGGGACCUAACCACAAUAUACAUCUACCACUAACACCAGAGCCAAGUCCUACAGAACCUCUUGCAGCAGAAGAUCACUAUUAUAGUGAAACAAGCCAGUACUACCCAUACAAUGCGGUCAAUACUGGAGAAUAUGGACCGGCUAGGAGAGCGCAUACUCCAGAGAGCUACUUCACAAGCCAGCAAAGAAAAAUGGAAAGCAGUAUAGGUUAUCAGUACUACAACGAGCAUGAGUACCCUUAUAGCGGGCAUUCAAGAGUAGACGAAAACCGCGAGCUGUAUUCUCAAUACUAUGCAAAGCAGAAUUUGCAGAAUGAAGCAUUUCGAGCACGAAACAGCGAAGAUCAUAAUAAAGACUCUAAAUCCUGGAGAGCAACAUUCAGUGAAAGUUUGGCGUCAAAUCAAGAGCCUCCUUACACGAGACCAUCGUGCAUCAAAGAUUCUUACACUGCCCGUUAUGGGCCCUAUAACGCGAUGAAUAAUACAUUGAGAAGACAACACGAUGCCUUCCAGCAUCACACUUCAAGAAGCUCGUGUCGAUUUUCUUCGGUGACUAGCGAAAACGGCACCGAAGAUGGCGAUGGCAGAACACGAAGGCAAGAAAACUCCGGAGGCGCACCGGUCUUUGAACAAUUAUCAGAUUUACUCUGUGAUGAUUUGGAUCGUAAUGAAUUUGACAUGUAUCUAAAACCGUAUUAAGAUUCAAUGUAGUAUCUGUUUUGAAUAAUUUCUGAUACAGAAGGUAUGGUCGUAUAUUAUCAUAGCGUCCAUAUGGAUUUAGUUAUUUUGAAAGAUUUAGAGCCGUCAGGCAUAUUUACAGAGAUCAAGGCGAAAGAUUCCAGGAAUAAUAAGCUGCGAAUUGAUAAGGUUAUUUUACUCUGUGCAAAUCCCACACAUGAGUUGGAAUAUGCUGAAAGAAAGUAUCCAGAAUCUGGGGCCACGAAGCCGAUCAAGCUAAGUGGUGUUGAUAGUCCAAAGAGGUUCUUAUUUGUCAGAGAUAUCUAUCUAUCUGUUAAAAAGACUAAGCUGAUUUAAAAUAAGUUAGAAAACUCAUUAAUAAUUCAUGAAGAAAACACAAUAGAAAUCAUGAC